GACCCACGAAUCGGCCCGGCAGUCGCUUGCACCAUGUCUGGCUCCUCCAGCGUCGCCGCUAUGAAGAAAGUGGUUCAGCAGCUCCGGCUGGAGGCCAGACUCAACCGCGUAAAAGUUUCCCAGGCAGCUGCAGACUUGAAACAAUUCUGUCUGCAGAAUGCUCAACAUGACCCUCUGCUCACUGGAGUAUCUUCAAGUACAAAUCCCUUCAGACCCCAGAAAGUCUGUUCCUUUUUGUAGAAAAAUGAAUCUUUCAAAGGUUUCCCAAACGACUCCUUAUGAUCCAGUGAAUAUUCAAGAGAGCUACAUUUGAAGCCUGUACAAAAGCUUAUCCCUGUAACACAUGUGCCAUAAUAUACAAACUUCUACUUUUGUCAGUCCUUAACAUCUACCUCUCUGAAUUUUCAUGAAUUUCUAUUUCACAAGGGUAAUUGUUUUAUAUACACUGGCAGCAGCAUACAAUAAAACUUAGUAUGAAA